AUGAGCUCGAGCUCCACCAAUACACACGAAUUUCGUCAGGGAUCUGUGCCUGGUGAUCGAACAUGUUUUUUUUGGUCAAUAAUUCUUCUACUCAAACAGCAUAUAUUAAAUAUGGUGAUUGAGGACUUACCUGAAUAUGCAUUCUCAGCCAUCCUAGAUGGCACUUUCAUGAACGGAAAUCUAUCAACUAAUCAUCACGACAUAAGCUUUUUCAAGAACCAUGAUAUCAAAAAGCUGAAUCAACAAAUGCGUAAACGGGUAGCUGACUUUAUUCGCGAUGAGGUAGAUCUGCAUAAUCUGGUCACAAAUUGUACUGAUCACCCUUAUUCCAUACCUACUUACUGUGAUUUACUUAUUCGAGCUGAACUCUUCGCUGGUGACUUGGAACUCAAGGUGCUAUCUGAUUUACUUGAUACGAUGAUUUGUAUCAUUACUGCUACAAAGUACCGUGAUCAACCGUACGUUUAUGCUACAUCGUACGGAGAAACUAAUGAACUCGCCAAACAAUCCAUCUUUAUCUUAUACGAUGAUAUUGGUAAACAUUUUAGUCCGUUAUAUAAGGUGAAUAAAAAUGAUAUAAAUGAUAAGCAAACGAUCUUUCGUCGAAAUGAUCUUACAGCACCCACACUUCUCCAAAUAUUUAUCAAAGAUAAGCUCCAUUAUAGUGCUGGAGUCAAUUUAGAUGCAAUUCCAUUCAUCCAUGAAGAAAUGUUAGACAUACAGGAUGGUUUUGGUACAAACGAAAACUCGACCGGUUCCUUAAAUAAACGAAGAAUCUCAGAAAUCGAUGGUAUUCUAUCGCCGCAAAAUGACAACAAAAAGCUGCCAGUAAUCGUAUCUUCUCGACAUUAUGGAGGUAACAAGCGUGUCAAACUCAGUGUCGACACACAAACAGAAUGUCAUAAAGAUGAACGAGGCUCUAUGAUGAUUGAACAAAGUAUUCAAUAUUCAUACUUGGCCAAUAGGUCGUCAAAUAAUCAAGAAGAACCAGUAAACAUGGAACCGAUAUACUCGAACGAACCUCAUGCAGAUGCAGAAGUCGACGUUGUCGCAGAUGAAUCGGUUGUUACCAGAGGUUUAACCACUAAACAGUCUGAUUUCGAUUUGGGAAUGAAAAUGAAAUGUCAUAAUGAUAGUAAACGGUUCGACAAGACGCUUCAGCUAUUUGAUGUACACAUGAAAAAGAAUCUGAAAACUACUUCAACAAUAAUCAUUACGCAAGCCUUGAAAGCGUGUACUCAUCUCGAAGAUCUACAACGUGGCCAAUCCAUUCAUCAGUAUAUUUCGCCAUCGAUUAAAUACGAUUCUUACAUAUCAACAUCAUUCAUUCAUUUAUACAUGCAAUGUGGAGAUGUAUCACGCGCGGAAUCAUUAUUUGAAAGUAUUCCGAAGAAAUCUUUGUCAGUUUACGGUGCGAUGAUUAAAGGCUAUAUUAAAAACCAUCAAGCAAAUAAGGCACUCGAACUAUUCCGCGAAAUAAAGAAUCCGAAUGAGAUCAUUCUCAAUCUCUUGUUCAAUGCUUGUGCUGAAGUACGAAGUCCUGAAGCGUUGAAUCUCGCCAAACAAUCAUAUGAAACAAUGCCCAAAUCAUUUCAGUCAAACCAUUAUCUCUUAACUUCUCUAAUUGACGCAGCAAUGAAAUGUGGAGACGUUCAUUAUGCUCAGUCAUUGUUUGAUGGAUCGCCGAAGAAAGUUUUGCCAAUGUACGGAGCCAUGAUGAAAGGCUAUAUGGAAAACAAUGAGUUAAGCAAAGUCAUCGAGUUUUUCAAGCGAAUACAAAAUCCAAGCGAAGUCAAUACUAUGGUUUUGUUUAACGCCUGUGCUCGUCUGAAAACACCAGAAGCAUUAGAAACUGUUAGACAAGUUUCAAAAGAGAUGCCCAAAUCGUUUCGUUCGCAUUCGCAUUUGAUGAGUUCAUUAGUUGACGCGUUGAUUAGGUGCGGAGAUUGUUCAAGCGCCGAAAAUGUGUAUUCAACGAUGAAAAAAUCUGUUAUUAAUUAUGGAAAUCUUAUGAAUGGUUUUAACAAAGAAAAUAAUCCAUCGAAAACGCUAGAUUUAUUCAAUCAGAUGAAAGUUAAUCACAUAGAAGGCAAUGUGAUUAUUUACCUUUGCCUCAUCAAAGCAUUGGCACAAAUAGGUGAUUAUUCCAUCUCUGAUGCAUUCGUCAAACAGAUUCCUCAAUCGUAUCUUUCGGAUAGUCAAAUUCGAAAUGCACUAAUUGACAUGUGGAGCAAAACCGGAUCGAUUGAUAAAGCGAAAGAAAUCUUCGAUAAAAUUUCUCAUCCUGAUCAUAUUGCAUACACAACGAUGGUGAAUGCUCUUGGUUUGAAUGGAAUGGGUGUUCAAGCCAUUGAACUUUUUCGUCAGAUACCAGAGAACUUUCGCGAUGAAAUAGCUCAUAUUUGUGUCUUGAACGCAUGCUCACAUUCGGGACUUGUUGAUGAGGCUCAAACAAUAUUCGAACGUAUUCCAAACAAGACAGAAUGUAUUUAUGGAGCCAUGAUUGAUUGUUUCAGUCGGGCUUCCUUUUUCCAACGUGCACAGCAAUUGAUUGAUGAAUACGAACGUGAUCAUUCGCCUGUCUUAACAAUGUACAUGGCAUUAUUGUCCGGUGCAAGAAAUGUAAACGAUAGUCAUUUAGCACAAGAUAUUUAUAAUCGUAUGAAGAAACUUUUUCCUCAAAACGCAGACCCAUUAACAGCGGCUGCAGUUCUGCUUACGAAUGUUUACGCAUCAUCAGGUGAUAUGAGGAAAGCAUCCGAUAUUCAGAAUCAAUUGCAAAGUUCCGGUGCUAAGAAAAAAGUCGGUCUUUCAUGGACUGCAGUUAAUGGACAAUUAUUUCAAUUCCGUGCUCAUGAUCGAUCUCAUCCGCGAUCGACUGAAAUCUAUGCCGAAAUCAAGAAAAUAUCCGAUGAACUUAUUCAACAUGGUUUUCAAUAUGACUCAACUUGGAUUACCCGACCAUUGAAUGAACAUGAAACGAUUGAAUCGGCCCUUUGUGGUCACAGUGAAAGACUUGCAAUAGCUUGGAAUUUUGUUGGUAAUCCUCAUACGAAACGGAUACAAGUAACAAAAAAUCUCCGCGUUUGUGGCGACUGUCAUCGAGCUACUAAACUAAUUGCUGCCAUACGAAAAUGUGAAAUUAUCGUUCGUGACGCGAAUCGAAUUCAUCACUUCUAUACAAACGGGCAAUGUUCAUGCAAUGACUAUUUCUGA